UGUUGUAAAUGUUUGUACAUUUUGCAUUGCAGAAAAUGAAGGACCUCAAACAAAGGAACAGUUAAAUAAUACCAUAGUUUAGAAUGUCUUCACAGGACAGAAUGUCAAGAGAAAUCUUUGUUUUAUUAUCAAUAACUAAAUUAUCUUUACCACACAUGAUUGUAGCAAGAGUGCAUGAGCUGUACGCAGUAUGUAGAGCACGUGUCAAUCUCAUUCCACGGAGGGCCGAGUGUCUGCAGGUUUUUGUUCCUCCCUUGUACUUGAUUGAUGAAUUAAGGUCACUAAUUAGUAAAGAACUCCCCUCACCUGGUUAUCUAGGUCUUAAUUUAAAUGAAAAACCGCAGAUACUAGGCCCUCCAUGGAAUGAGUUUGACACCCCUGAUGUAUACCGUACAACAGUAUAUUUCACCACUGCAUUCCACAGCCAUGUCUCUGACAAGUCUGUCAGCUAUGGGCGUCACCCCAGCACCCUAGUGAACACAGUCAUAUAGAGAUACAAAGCGGGAACAUUAGACUAGUUCAAACUAGUUAACUUUGGUUGUGAGAUGUGGUUUGAACAUCAAUGGCUUAUGUGUUACGGAAAACACACACUAUACUGUUGACUUUGUUAUGGUGUCACAAUCUACUUUCAAACAAGCAAUUCCCAUCCAUAUAAAGUCAGACUACUGACAACAGAACAGAGGGGCAAUUUCCAUUAAAUGAGAAAGAGAGUUUAUAUUGUAUGUUUUCAAAUAGAUGCUUAUUAAGUAAUAAUGUACAUUGUGACACUGCUGAUUUUUUUAACAUUAUGGAGCACUUGUGUUUAGUGUACUCAAUAAUAAAAUAUAUAAAUGCUAUCUAAAAUGAACUUUAUUUCAGUUUAAUAUAAGCACAAGAAAAUCGAGUAGUUCUAAUUUUAUUUUAAUUUAGUCUGCUCAGGAACUUAUCAGACAGGCCUAUUUGGGGGAAUAGAAUUGUCAAUACAAGUUUAUUUGAGUUUUAUGGGGAAUUUCCAGCAUACGCAAUGCUCUUCAUACAAUCUGGACUCACCAGUGGUGCAGCGGUCUAAGGCACUGCAUCUCAGUGUUUGAUGCAUCACUACAGACACCCUGGUUCGAAUCCAUCCUGGCCGUGAUUGGGAGUCCCAUAGGGCGGCGCACAAUUGACCCAGCGUCGUCCGGGGUAGGACGUCAUUGUAAAUAAGAAUUUGUUCUUAACUGACUUGCCUAGUUAAAUAAAAAAAAUGUAGACUUAAAUCCAGGACACUCCAAUUAGUAUGGUAUGUAUUAAUUUGUGAAUGUCCAUCAUUAAUUGUGUACGAAAUUUUACGAAUUGCAAUUCAUACAAUAUGUUACGAAUUUACAAAUGCAUGACAUGCUACGAAUUCUAAUUUGUUGUUAGCUAGGUGUCUAAUGUUAGCUAGGCUAGUGGUUAGGGUAAAGUAUACAGGGGGUUGGUGGCACCUUAAUUAGGUAGGACGGGCUUGUGGUAAUGGUUGGAGAGGAAUGGGUGGAAUGGCAAAUAUAUCAAAAACAUGGUUUCCAUGUGUUUGAUCCAAUUCCAUUCGCUUCGUUCCAGCCAAUAUUAUCAGCAGGUUAGAAGUUAGGUUAUUAAGGUUAGGGUUAGCUAACAUGCUAAGUAGUUGAAUAGUAGCAAAGUUGCUAAUUAUCUAAAAUGCUGAAGUUGUCUGUGAUCAGAUUUGAACACACAACCUUUGGGUUACUAGACUUUCACAUUAUACGCUCACCCAUCCACCCUGACUAACCACCCUACUUUCGUUUUUCCUUAAGUAACCUUCUGUCUUAUGUAACCAUACCAAAUACAAAACGUAACAUAUACUAAUUUGACGGUCACAGAUUACUAUGUUACGUCUCAUCUAUGAGACCAGGUUGCCUUAUAAAAAGUGAGCCUACGUGCUCUAUGACCAAGGAACAAAGAGUUAACGUUUUACAACAGGGGGGAAGUUGGACAAAGUUCCUGUCUAACAUAUUCCCUGAAUUCUUUAGAGACUACCAUCGCGGGAAAUACACACGUUAAUACAUAUUUCCGAUUGUGUAAAUAGCAGGAUUACAUUCUGGAUAUUGGGGUAGCAAUAUCAUAAUUUUGAAGACACCUGCGAUACAUCAGGUAUUCGAUUGGGAGGGAAGUCAUUGGGCGUUCACGGCUGGAAAGACUAAGGUUAGGUCUACGCUUCAUCCCUUGAGCCUCUUCUACCCAGUCUGCUCUAUCUGAUUGUGUAACACUUCUGGUGGGUCCACGUGGGGAGGUGAUGUGUUCCAGUGGCGGUCCAGACAGCUCCGGCUAUGGGGGCAGCCGGUCUGGCUCCUCAUAUGCUCUGUGUGCCUUGGGGGUGGGGCUCAUAGCCCUGGGCAUCGUCAUGAUCGUGUGGACUGUGGUGCCCGGGGAUGCUCCCCGGACAACCAAGCCUCCGGGCAACUUCAGUGUUAUUGUACCAGUGGACCAUGCUGGGGAUGGAGAGAAGGACAGGGAAACAGCAAAGACCUCAUCAAUAGCCUAUGUGCUGGUGGGGGCGGGGGUGGCCAUGCUGCUGCUGUCCAUCUACCUGGGGGUGAGGAACAAGAGGAGGGGGAGCCAAAGAGGACAGGAGACACAGGUCCCCUUUGUGGACCAUGUGGCUGGGGAGGCAGGAGAGAUUGCAGGGGAGCCAGCACCAGCCUACGACGUGCCCAGUUAUGAGGAGGCGGUCACCAGUGGCCAGUACCCCAUACGCCAGAGCAACUUACGCCACAGCACCUCCCAGCUGCCUUCCUACGAAGACCUCAUCAGUGCUGUGGAAAACGAGGGGGAGGGACCAAGAGCAGUCACUUCAGAGGAUGUUCCUCCCACUACUCCGGCCCUGGAUCCCCAGCCCACCCCCGCCGCUGCAGCCAACCCCCCCACCCGCAGCAGCAGUCGGGCUAGCCGGAUACUACGGCCGCUCAGGGUACGCAGAAUCAAGUCAGAGAAACUCCAUCUGAAGGACUUCCGUUUUAAAGUCCACAACCCUACUGAUGUAAAGGUGACCAUUGAACCCAUCACGCCACCACCACAGUAUGACGAUAAGAUGCCUGAGUUCUGACAGCGCCCUCGGGCUUGGGAGGACUACAAGCAUUGUUUUUCAAUGUUGAGUAAAACAACACUAUUGCUGGAUCAGAUGGACUAAUAAUAAUACCAUUUCUGGAAAGUAGAACCAUUAUAACAGAUGCUUUGUGAAUAUAGGCCCUGAACUCACAUACCAUCUCAGAGUAGGAUUGUUGAUCUAGGAUCUGUCCAUGCAAUCUUAUUCAUUAUGAACUCAAAGGCAAAACUGAUCCUAGUUCAGAUCUCCUACUCUGAGACACUUUGUGGAUACACAGGCCUUGAGUCCAGAGGUCUGGCUUGGGAGUCUUCUUCCUUCACACUGAGACCAAGACACUGACAUUGUUGCUUUGAAUCAAGAUGUUUCUCUGCUCUAACUUGACGUGUUUAUUGAAUUCUGCUUAAUGGCAUAUUUAUUCCAGGGCUUCUUUAUGUGCACUAUGCUAUCUGUUUAGAACACUGUGGCUGUGUUUUGAAGAUAAUUAGCUAUCUUAUUCUUAUCUUGUGCACAAAUACAUCUUGACAUCCAGAAAAUGUCCUUAACCUUUUCAGAUGGAAUGCAUAAAAUGGUGUCAUAACAGUGCCUUGGUAAUUGUAUUGUAUCAGCAGAUGUGCCUAUUAGGAAACAAUCCAUGUCAUCAGUUUGUCCCCCCACACUGUGAUUGCUCAUGGACUACUGGAAACAAAUGCCUUAUGAAAAUGGUAGUUUCAUGUCAGUUUAUACAAAGAAUGGCACAACUUUUGAGAAUGUGUUUUAUAGUACUACUAUGUAAAGGACAUGCUGAAGCCAAGGAAUAUUUAAAUACCUUUAUGUUGACUGGCCUCUGUCCUCUGUGUUGACGUUUGGCAGUUGGAGAGUAUUGAAUGUGAAUCAUGAAAAUGUCCGCUUUCUAUAACUGCAGCAACAAUGAAAGGGAAUAAGUGUUGUCUCGUCAGCUUUACAUUCAAGGGAAUAGCAGGUAGAAUACCCUGAAGUCCAAAUAAACUGUAAGACUUUA